AGACAGACUCUCCUUACCAGGACAUACUUUUCAUUCUAUACGAUUUCAAAGUGAAGAACAAAUGUUUAUUUUUUUGUAAACUUCCAUGUUGACGUGUAGUUUAGCACUUGUACUAGUAAAUUGCGCAGUACGUAUAUAAGGGGUCCGCAAUGCAGAACUACGAGGACUCUGUGUCCUUUCUGGGGUCCUGGGGUCCCUUCCAGAGGAGAGUGAUCUUCCAGCUGUGCCUGGCCGCCAUCCCCUCGGGAUACAACAUACUAUCUAGCCUCUAUCUGUUGGCCGUGCCCCCCCACACUUGCCGGAUCCCCACCGGCAACCUUAGCCAGGAAUGGACGGAGGCCGCCAUCCCCCAACAGCUGGUUGCCGGACAAGUGGAGCAGAGUAGCUGCAGCCGGUUUCAGCUUAGCCUCAUCCAGAACCUCAGCACCUUGAACCUGAACCUUAGCACACUGGGAACCACCUGGAACCAGAGGCUGAGCCCGCUUGGAUCCGGAUCAGGUCCACUACUCUCCAGCCUGAAGCAGGAGGAUUGUAAGGACGGUUGGACCUUCAGCACGGAACACUACCAGUCCACCGUGGUCACUGAGUUCAAUCUGGUGUGUGAGGACCAGUGGAAACCGCCUCUAAGCACGCUGGCCUACUUCCUGGGCGGACUGUGCGGGUGCUUUAUCUCGGGUCAGCUCUCCGACAGGUUCGGCAGGAAACCGGUUCUGCUGAGUUCCAUCGCCCUGCUCAGCAUUUUCAGCAGCGUCCUGGCUUUGGCACCGUCCUGGGAGCUCUUCACUGUGCUCUUCUUCAUAGCCGGCCUCGGACAAAUCAGCUGCUACGUUGUGGUCUUUGUUCUCGGCUCAGAGAUUCUGACGGGUCCAACCAGAGUAUUGUUCUCCAAUCUGUGUUUGCCCUUCGCUUAUGUGUUUGGCAUGCUGCUGUUGCCCGGUACUGCCUACCUGGUCCGGAACUGGCGCCCCUUGGCACUGAUCCUGGCACUCCCUGGUCUGGCCUGUGUGCCGCUCUGGUGGCUCCUUCCAGAAUCUCCUCGCUGGUUGGUAUCUCAUGGACGUCUGAGGCAAGCCGAAGUUUUGCUAAGCUCUGCUGCUCUGGAGAACUGUGUGGGAGCUCCGGAAGUCAUCUUCAAAACCAACAAGGUCGGGAAUCAGUCACUCAACCAGUCGGAAUCAUUGAAUUUUGUGGACCUGGUGCAGACGAGGAAUGUUCGUCACAUGUCGCUGAUCCUGUGGAUCAUCUGGUUCUCGCUGAACCUCAGCUCCUUUGGCGUGUCGUUCAACAUGUCGUCUCUGCCUGGAAACCCCUUUGUGAACUACUUCCUAGUGUUGGCCAUUGAGGUUCCUGCUUACACUGCUGGCUGGCUGGCAACUCGUCGUCUUCCUCGUCGUCUAUCUUUUAUCGCCUUCUCAGUGCUCGGGGCGCUAGCGCUGCUCCUGGUCCAGAUCACUUUGCAGGCUCAUCCAGACCUGACCCUGUCCCUGGUCCUGCUGGGGAGGUUUGGGAUUCAGGCCGGUCUGAGCAUUUUAUACACGUACAGUGGAGAACUGUACCCCACCGUGAUCCGGAACACAGCCCUGUCAUCUUGUGCCACGUUCUCACGACUCGGAUCUGCAGUGUCGCCCUACAUCCUAGAAAUGGGCGUGUGGUACGAGUUGCUGCCGUGGAUCCUGGUGGGUUCCUUGUCUGUGUUUGGAGUUGUGCUCAGCAUCUUCCUGCCUGAGACCUUCACACACCCGCUCCCCGACACCAUCCAGCAGAUGGCCACCAUGCGCAAGUGGCCAUGCUCGUCUUCUACUGCAGACCGUGAUAGGAAACCCCCUGAAGACCAAACAACAGGACCACAGGUCAUCUGGACAGCUCACUUUUAGUGUUAAAAGCAGAAGUGGGUAGAGUAGCCAAAUAUUGUACUCAAGUAAGAGUACUGUUACUUUAGAAUAAUAUGACUCAAUUAAAAGUAAAUAGUCCUCCAAAUAAUUAAUUAGUAAGAGUAAGAAAGUACUGAGUAACUUCAGAUUUUUUAUUUUUAAAUUAGAGCAUGGAGGUAAAAUAAAAUAUGAAUGUGCAAAUUCA